UGUUGAUCUACACGACACAGAGGGCAUUUAACAGCCACAAAGAUGAAUCCCGGACUUUGUGUAGCUCUUGAGGGGUUUAUUCGGUGAUGCGUGAAUUGAAGUUAAAGAUAUAAGUUUGUUCUCACGGCUUGGUGCGGACAAAAAACAGUAAGUUUACUGGUUUCUUUCACUUCUCCAAGUGUUUUUAUUUCGCCAGGAUGAAGACAGACCUGAGGAAGAAAACUGCUCCUACAUACAUACUGUUUCGCGAAUGCAGCUCGUUCCACUGAAGAUGGGUGUAGGAGAGGAGAGGUGGCUGAGCCCAGGCGGAUGAGCUCAGGAAGAAUGCAUUUGCCUCCGGUCGGCACGAACAGGUGUUGUUUCCUGGCCUGUUCGGCCCUCUGUGCUGUCGUGCUGCUGUUGAUCCCAACCCUCCAAACGCCACAGCGGCAGGGCGAGCUGCCUCGACCUCUGCCCCAUACCAGGCCUACAAGGGGAGAAAACACCACUCACUACAAAGGUGCUAGUAACUCCAAGCCCAGCAGUGACAAAUCCCAAAGAGACUCAGUCAGUGCUGACUUCCACAGCUCACGAGCCAAGGAGCCUUUAGCAAUGAAAGACAUUUUUAUUGCAGUCAAAACCACCAGGAAGUAUCACAAAUCACGUCUGGAGCUGCUUUUUCAGACCUGGGUGUCAGAAUCCAGCGAGCAGACAUUCAUCUUCACCGAUGGUGAGGAUAAAGAGCUGAAGAAGAAAGCAGGAGGCAACGUCAUCAACACCAACUGCUCAGCCGCUCACACGCGCCAGGCGCUGUGCUGCAAGAUGUCUGUAGAGUACGACAAGUUCAUCGAGUCACAAAAAAAAUGGUUCUGUCACGUGGACGACGAUAAUUAUGUUAUCCUGCCGAGUCUGCUGCAGCUGCUCUCGACCUAUUCCCACACGCAGGAUGUGUACCUGGGCCGGCCGAGUCUCGAUCACCCCAUAGAGGCUCCCGAGAGGGUCAGGAGCGAUGGAUCGACCUCUGUCAAGUUCUGGUUUGCUACCGGAGGCGCUGGUUUCUGUAUCAGUCGAGGCCUUGCGCUCAAGAUGAGUCCAUGGGCAAGUCUGGGGAACUUCAUCACUACAGCAGAGAAGAUCCGUCUCCCAGAUGACUGCACGAUCGGUUACAUCAUCGAGGCGCUGCUGGAGGUUCCUCUGGUACACACCGACCUCUUCCACUCACAUCUGGAGAACCUGCAGAGGAUGCCUGCUGAGGACAUCCUCAAACAGGUCACCCUCAGCUACGGCGGUUUCGAGAACAGGAGGAACGUGAUACCUGUUGCCGGAGCGUUCUCCUUGACCGAAGACCCUUCACGAUUUAAAACCGUUCACUGCUUACUUUAUCCUGAGACUGAAUGGUGUCACCGUAGCAGUCAUCGCUGACCUCAACGCAAUCUUCUGGAGACAAAGCAAAUAUCUCCGGUCUUGUCUGAACUCUCGAUCCCAAAAGGCAACUUUCAUGCAUUAAUACAUCUGACUACCAGGCUGAUGACCCUGUCAAUUGUUGUUUUUUUUUAUAUAUAUAUAUAUAUAUAUAUAUAUAUAUAUAUAUAUAUAUAUAUAUAUAUAUAUAUAUAUAUAUAUGAGGAGGAGGUCUGAGGAGUAUGAGAAAUGCCAAAAGAAUAUCCUCUUGAGACCUGAUUGUCCUCAUAUGAGGACAUAACAUUUUAUCACACUUCAUUGUCUAUAUAUAUUUAUUGUACCAACCUUGUAUGAGGACUGUUGGGUAUAAUUCUUUUGCCAAACUGCUUCCUUGAAAACACUGAUUAAAUUUAUGGUUAUCAGCUAUGAAUUAAGAGAAACAGUCAGUAGAAAUUGUAAUGUACACAACAGUAGCAUACGGGUCUCAGGAGGAUAUACAUUAACAUUUUUAGUAUUUUCCCCCAAGCUUAUCACUAUCUGUUUUUCUUUUUUUUUUAAUUCGUGCCAGAUCAAAGCUUUUAUUUGCUGAAAUUAGAUGUUCUUGUAAGCAUGCCAUGCAAGAGGAAAUAUCAGUUUAAUCUCUUUGGGAGUCUGGUGUCACCUCCAGAAUGACUCAGAAACAAAAAUAGAAGUCACGAGGACCUUUUGAAUAGGUUGCUGUUUAGACAGGACUUUAAUCCAUGGGCUCCUGGAAGCCUGGAGAUGAAAGCUACAGGAUAUCUGAAGUAGAUUUUUACUGUGAUGAUAACACGAAUGAAUCGAGUCGUCACUUGCAAGGUUAAGUCCAAGUACGGAUUCAUACACAUCAGCUGUCCUAAAGGUAAAAAGAAAAAUGUCUACUGUGCAUUAUAAUGGUUGCACUAAAUGAUGCCUUAACACUAACAUAUUCCAAAAAAGCUGCCAAAAUGUAUGUAUUUUUUUCUACAUUUUUAAUAAUGCUUCUGCACAAACAUGGCUUUUCAUUGCUGGUCAGUGAUUCAUGUGAACUUGCCAAAAAAAAAAGACUGGGGUAUUUUACUUUCUUAGUUAGUGAUGACAACAAUGUUUAAACGUGUGAACAGAAGAGGAUUAAGCAAUGCCAAGCUGCUGCCAUAUACUGCUGCUGUUUGCCUUUUGUCUUGUCUGUCUCUUCUCGUGUAAAUAAACCAUGAUGAAUUUUUUUAAGUCUUUA